UAGGCUGAGGCAGCAGAGCUCCAUGGAAUGUGAAUAAAAAUGGCAGCAAGUCAAAAGCUUUCAAAGUUGUUCUUCUGCUAUGUUGUUCUACUCACAGUGCUUAUCUGCUUUGAGCCAAUCAAAUCCCAGGAACAGGUGGGCACUCUUGCAGAUGAUGAAGUGGAAGCACUUCGUGAAAUAGCUGUGCAAUUGAAUAAAAAGGAUUGGAAUUUUAGUGAUCCUUGUAGCAAUAUUCCGACUAUUUCAAUCCCGCAUACGGAUCAGUACAACAACACUCUCGUCUGCAACUGCUCUUUCUCUGGCAAUGUAUGCCACAUCCAAAGCAUUUUUCUGAUGGGACAAGACCUUGAUGGUGUGCUUCCGCCAGCACUGUCGAAGCUACCUAACAUUAAGCAAGUUAAUUUGGGCCAGAAUUACCUUAGCGGUUCAAUACCACACGAAUGGAAUUCUACGAAGUUGGAAUUUCUGGUUCUCAGUGUGAACAACUUAUCAGGACCUAUUCCUAGCUAUUUGGGAAGCAUGACUACUCUCCGAGCUUUGGGCCUGGAGAGCAACUUAUUUUCUGGAACUGUUCCCCCGGAGUUGGGCAAUUUGGUUAACAUGGAGAUUCUCUAUCUUCGUGCUAACAAUCUCACUGGUGAGCUGCCCUUGGCCCUAAAAAAUAUGACCAAAUUAAGAGUACUUGAUAUUGGCAGUAACAACUUCACUGGAAGAAUACCUGACUACUUUCAAAGUUGGAAAGACCUACAGGCCUUAGAGAUGCAAGCGAGUGGUCUUGAAGGGCCCCUUCCAUCUAGUCUCUCUGCAUUGAAUAAUAUGACAGACCUAAGGAUUAGCGACUUAAGUGGUGAGAGUUCAGCUUUUCCAAACUUAUCAAACAUGAUGGGCUUGAAUAAAUUGAUGUUGAGGAGCUGCAAUAUAACAGGAGAAAUCCCUGAAUAUAUCUCUACCAUGACAAGUCUGACUGUUUUAGAUCUUAGCUUCAACAGAUUGGAAGGGAGCAUUCCAAAUCUUGCAAAUAUUAUGCAAUUGGCCACAAUAUAUCUGACAAGUAACUUGCUUACUGGUCUUCCAGAGUGGAUAAAAAACAGAGACAGUCGCUACAAUAUAGAUCUUUCUUACAAUAAUUUUUCUCAGAAUUCUGUCCCAAAUUCUUGUCGAGAGACCUUCAAUUUGUUCAGAAGUUUUUACGGUCGGAACAAUGCGAUACUUAGCAAUUGCCUCCUUCCAUGUUCAAAAGAUCAGUACUCGUUGCAUGUAAAUUGUGGUGGAAAUCAAACCACCAUUGGAAACAUCAAGUAUGAGGAAGAUGAUGCCUCAGGAGGUGCAGCAAAGUUUUUUCAAAACUCAGCAACUUGGGGAUUUGGAGUAUACUGUGGAGGAAGGGACAAGGGGUUGAUAAGGAAGAUUAAGGUAUUUAAAGCAGUUGUUAGUGUUAAGACUUUAGAAAUCCGAUUUCAGUGGGCGGGGAAAGGGACAACAAAUGUUCCAAAAAGAGGAAUCUAUGGUUCUCUGAUAUCAGCUAUCUCAGUGCAGUCUGAUUUCGAGCCACCUGAUGAUAGCAAAAGGAAGAAAUUCAUUGUGAUUGGAGUUGUUUCAGCAUUAUUCCUCAUUUUCUUGAUUUUGGGCAUUCUUUGGUGGAAAGGCUGUUUUGGAAGCAGGACAACCAGGGAACAAGAUCUCAUGGGAUUAGAUCUGCAUACUGGUUUCUUUAAAUUCAAGCAACUUAAGGCUGCAACUAACAACUUUGAUACUGCCAACAAGCUUGGGGAAGGUGGCUUUGGAGCUGUUUACAAGGGCGAAUUACUAGAUGGCACUUUUAUUGCAGUUAAGCAACUUUCUUCAAAAUCAAAGCAGGGAAAUCAUGAGUUUGUGAAUGAAAUAGGCAUGAUUUCUGCCUUACAACACCCAAAUCUUGUGAAAUUGUAUGGAUGCUGCAUUGAAGGAAAUCAGUUAUUUUUGGUAUAUGAAUAUAUGGAGAACAAUAGCCUUGCCCAUGUUUUGUUUGGCCCGGACGAAGGCCUAAAGAAAUUGGACUGGAAUAAAAGGCAGAAAAUAUGUCUUGGCAUUGCAAGAGGUCUGGCUUUCCUGCAUGAGGAGUCGACUCUAAAAAUUGUUCAUAGAGACAUCAAAACAACCAAUAUACUACUUGACCGGGACCUUAACCCUAAGAUAUCUGACUUUGGUUUAGCUAAGCUGGACGAAGAGGAGAAGACCCAUAUUAGCACCAGAGUUGCUGGAACUAUAGGAUACAUGGCUCCAGAGUACGCGUUAUGGGGCUAUUUGAGUGACAAAGCAGAUGUUUACAGUUUUGGGGUUGUCACAUUGGAACUCGUAUCUGGAAAAAACAACAUCAAAUAUCGUCCAAAUGAGAAUUUUGUAUGCCUUCUUGAUUGGGCCCUUGUCUUGCAACAAAAUGGAAAUCUGAUGGAGCUGGUGGAUCGAAAGUUGGGGUCUGGGUUCAAUAAGGAAGAGGCAAUGAGAAUGAUAAAGGUAGCUCUACUAUGCGCCAAUCCAUCACCAGCACUAAGACCUUCUAUGUCCGCAGUAGUGAGCAUGCUUGAAGGCCAAACUCUUGUUCAGGAGGUGAAGAUAAACCCGAGUAUUUAUGGUGAUGAGUUGAGGUUGGCCUUCUCGGAGGACUCUGAUACUUCUACUGUACAGACCACGCGAAGUUUACUUUAUUCAUCCGAUGCAAAAUGGACCGCCUCUACCUCAUCGUUUGUCUAGGAUAUCUAUGCAGUUGAUACUGAUUCUCUACUGUAAAAGUAAGAACAGUACGGCCGGGUACUCUGCCACUGAAGGCAGGUACUCGUACCAAAAUAAAAGCGCAAAUUCACUAGAGACUACUGCUAUACAAGCUUGUACAAUAUGAAGAGUGUAACAUCAACUACAUUAUGGUUUUUAUUGAUCAUAGCUUCUACAUAUAACGUGUAUAACAUAAUGGUGGUAGUAGGUCGCAUGAAGGUGCCCGAACAUCAUUUUUUAUUUAUUUAUUUAUGGAAAACAAUAGAAAUCUUUAUAUACUAAAA